AUGAGCGUGAGGACGGACCGAGCCACCGACGCCCUGAAGGCGUACGGAAAAGAAUGCCGACGUGUGGGCGCCUCUAGCCCCACCUUCGCGCGAAACUCCGCCCCCUGCAGGGGCGUGACCGCUGAGCCACCGGACCGCGAGCUGCCGGGGCCGGGCCGCAGGAGGCAGGCUUGCUGCGCGCCAGGCCGCGCCGCGCCGGGCUCUGGCCGUGCCAGGCCGCGCCGAGGCCGCGCCCGCGCCCGCGCCCGAGGCAGCGCGCCGCGCCCGUGCCCGCGCCCGCGCUGGCCGCGCGUCUGGCCGCGCCCGCGCGCUGGGGCCGCGCCCGCGCCCGAGGCCGCGCGCCCGCACCCGGGGUCGCGCGUCUGGCCGCGCCCGCGCCGCCGGGACCGCGUGCUGGGCCGCGAGCCGCCGGGAACGCGCGCUCCGCCCGCGCCGCCCGCGCGCUCUGGCCGCGCUGCCCGCGCCCCUGGCCGGCCGGGCCGCCGCCGGGAGGGCUGGACGCCCAUGGCCAGCCAUCGGUGCCCCCUUCCUCCUCUGCCUAUUUUCUGA